AUGCCCGUUGAUGUAGCCUCUCAAACUGCCGAUGCCAGCAUCGACAGCAGUCAACCUGGGUUAACAAGCAGAAAGCCCGACAAUGGACCAACAAUGAGGGCCCUGGUUUAUACAGGACCUAACAAGCUCGAAGUCCUGGAUCGACCAAUGCCAACCAUACAAUCCCCCACAGAUGCAAUUGUGAAGAUGCUCCACAGCACAAUCUGCGGUACCGACCUACACAUCCUGAAAGGCGACGUGCCAGCAAUUCCAUACGAUCGAAUCCUGGGUCAUGAAGGCGUAGGUACUGUUGUCUCCGUCGGAUCUGCGAUUGAUGGACUUUCGAUCGGCGACAAUGUCGUAAUUGCCGCAAUCACAGCGUGCAAAGUUUGUGCAUCUUGUCGAAAGGGAUUGGAAGCUCAUUGUGUAACUGGUGGCUGGAGACUGGGUAACAAGAUUGACGGAACCCAAGCAGAAUAUGUGCGCAUUCCACAUGCAACGUCUUCCUUGUACAAGAUUCCAAAUGGCCUGGACCUUAGAGCCUGUGCCGCUAUCUCGGAUGCACUUCCGACGGGACUAGAAUGCGGAACAUUGAGCGCUCAUGUGCAACCGGGCAGUACUGUUGCGAUUAUCGGGGCUGGUCCUGUGGGUUUGGCUGUUAUGCUCACUGCUAGAUUAUACACGCCUUCUCGGGUCGUAAUGAUUGACUUGGACGAUACCAGGCUGGAACAUGCGAAGGGACUCGGUGCUGAUCAUGCCGUGAACCCAGGAAACCCGGAUGCGAUGGAAACCCUGAACACACUCACGGAAGGGGAGGGCUUUGACUGUGUGAUUGAAGCUGUCGGGAUCCCGAAGACGUUUGAAAUGUGUCAGAAGUUAGUCGCACCAGGGGGUUCCAUAGCUAAUGUUGGUGUUCAUGGGAACCCUGUUAAUUUGGACAUGCACAAACUAUGGGAUCGCAAUAUCAGCAUCAAGAUGCAGUUGCUGAACGCCGUCAGUAUCCCAACCCUCCUUCGACUGUAUCAAUCCGGCCAUAUAAAACCGGCUAAUCUAUUCACGCACAAUUAUCCCUUUUCAGAGGUCCACAAGGCAUAUCACAGCUUCCAAAUGGCGUCCCAAGAAGGUGCUUUGAAGGUUGCAAUUGACUUUUAG